AUGCUGACGAUUGUUGUCCUGUUCCGAGGAAUGUGCGGUCUUUCUAAAGGAGUCAUUCGUUACCUGAUGGCCAUGGCAGCAGCCGUUCUCCUGGUUGUUAUCGUCGACCUGGUACUGAUGAAUAUUCCGAUUGUUUAUUCGGAAGCGUUUAAUUUCCUGUGGAACAUACGCAUAUGUAAGGUCCACGCCACCCUACUUUACGCAGCCAACGACUGUUCCGUCUGGUUCACCGUCAUGUUCACCUUUGACCGAUUUGUGGCUAUUCGCUGUCAGAAUCUGAAAGCUAAAUACAGCACUGAGAGAAUGGCAGUUGUGUUUCUGGGGACUGUGACCGCGCUGAGCUGCUUCAAAAACGUUUUCUGGUAUUUUUUGCUCUCAGGAACGUAUCGGCGUUCUAGCCUCCCUUGGCCUUGCGUAGCAAGAGAUGCUGUCCAGCUCUCAGUGGCCUGGACAGUAGUUGAGUUCAGCAGCCACAUCCUGACGUCUGUGAUCCCGUUUGUGGUCAUUCUGCUGCUCAAUGCUUUAACCAUCAGACACGUGUUAGUGGCGAGCAGAGGUCGGAAGAGACUCCGAAGUCGCGAUAGCGGAAAUUGUUCCAAAGACCCGGAAAUGGAGAACCGAAAGAAGUCGAUCAUUUUACUAUUGGUCGUGUCGGCGAAUUUCAUCGUGUUGUGGAUUACUUAUGUUGUGCACACUGUGUGGACGCGAUUUAUUUGUUUUGUUGCUACGAUCCCACCUUUCUCCUUUUGGGAUCUGGGCUACAUGCUGCAGCUACUGAGCUGCUGUACAAACACGGGUCUUUACUCCUUGACCCAGAGGAAGUUCAGGUAG